UUUCUUGCUGAAUGGCCAUCUUUGCAAAUAUUUAUUUAACAUAAACAGAUCAAAGUUCUGUUGUUAGUUUUGUAUACUGCACAACAAAAAAGAUGGCAUUCAGUGGGACUCUGCAGAAAUGCAAGGCUUGCGACAAGACUGUUCAUGUCAUAGAAUUGUUUACAGCUGAUGGUGUUCCUUAUCAUAAGACCUGCUUUAAAUGCAGUCACUGUAAUGGAAUUCUAGCGAUGAGCAGAUACUCCUCCAUGGAUGGAGUCUUAUACUGCAAGCCUCAUUUCGAGCAACUCUUCAAGGAGACUGGUAGUUUCACUAAAAAAUUCCAGACAUCUGGAAGGCCACAAAAUGAUCUGAAUCGUACGCCUAGCAAGCUCUCCUCCAUGUUUUCUGGGACACAAGAGAAAUGUGCAGUUUGCAAAAAAACAGUAUACCCGCUGGAGAAAGUGACUAUUGAGGGAGAUUUUUAUCACAAGUCAUGCUUCAGGUGUGCUCAUGGUCGCUGUUUCCUUACACAAUCAUCCUAUGCUUCUUUGGAUGGAUUUCUGUACUGCAAGCACCACUUUUCUCAAUUGUUCAAGGAGAAGGGAAGCUACAAUCAUCUAACCAAAACUGCUUCACUGAAAAAAAAUGGAGCAGUGUUACCUGAAGUGAAACAUGAGGAAAAAACAAAACUAUCAACAGUACCAGAAGCAGAACCUCGACAGGACCAGCAAUAGUAAAAAUGUGCACCAUUAGUGUCAUCAACUUCCUUCUUGUUCUCAUUUCUCCAGGGACACUACGCCAUGUGAUUUGGGUUUGGCACUGCCCAUUUAGCACAGUGCGUCAUGAAGAAGUUCUUGUGUGAUUGGCUCAUCUGUGUUUGUAACUAAGUUUUGUUUUGUUUGUUUUGCUUUUUUCUUUUUGCCCCCUUGACGGGGCAUUUAAA